GGGAGAGGGUCGGGCAAAAGGCAGGAAACUAUCAGGAACGUGAAAGCUGAGUUUAGAGGGUUUUUUUGGUCAGGUGUGUGAUUGUGUUGGGACCAGAGGAAGGAGGGGAGGUCUGAGGGGGUGCCAAAAAGAAGCUGACUAGGCAGUCAGAGCUGGUCAUGACUGCAAAUUCAUGCAGAUAGCUACGAGAAGGAAGCUGACAGAGUGAGGAGCCAUCAAGGGAUACAGGAUGGUGAAUUGCUGGAAGCAUUCAGGGGACCAUUCAGAAGAAGGACGCUGCACGGGUGGAGGUUUUGACUCGUCCAGCUACCUACCCAAGGCCUUCUGGAUCGGUUUCUCAGCAAUCCUGCUUCUGGUCGUCGUUGCUCUCGGACUGGCGGGCCACCUUGCGCUGGCUGGGUCCGGGUCUAAGUCUCUGCAGACAGUGAGAAUCACAGCAUCAGACCAAACAGGACUUCUUCUCAACCAAUCAGCUGUCGUGGACCCACAGAAUGACCUGGUGAUGUUUUCUGUCACCUCAUCAGGAAAUCAGACGUCCACGGUGCUGUUUGACAUAAAACAUGGCUUGAUAUGCUACAAACCUGUGGACCAGGACAGCUGCUUCCUCCAAACAAUGGUGCGGUCGGACUACGAGGAUGUGGGCUCCCUGGUCAAUGCAUCAGGAGACAAGAGAAACAUUCAGCUGUCUGGGAACAAGACACAGAGGCGGACGGAGUUCCUGGGAGUGCUGGCAGCCAGUCAGGUGAACGUGUCCUCGCUGGAGGAGCCUCUCCAGACCCUGUGUCAGGACAGAUCCGUCCACUGGACCCGGAGGACUGACGACCCAGGCAAACAGAGGCUGGUCUACUUCUGCAUCGACAUCUGCUUUCCCAGCAACAUCUGUGUGUCUGUGUGUUUCUACUACCUGCCAGAGUGACUUCAGAGGUCCUCUCAUUCACCAGCAGAGUGAUGUUUAUGUGCCCUGCCAUCACUGCUAAACUAACGAAGCUGACAUCCAAUUUAUUUCCAUCUUUCAGAGACAGAAAACACAGAGAGGUUGUCCUCACCCAAUUUAUGUAUAAUACGCCCUCUAGUGGCACAAUCUGAAGAUCCCAGAAUAAAAAGCCCUUUUCUUUGGUUUAGAGGACCUGACCGUAACUAUCAAGUGAUCAUUGUUGUAGAAAUGUUUUUGCCUGCAUAAUAAAACACAUACUGUGGGAAGUUUUUCAGAAAAUAUUUUUGAUUGAAUAAUAAAUAACAGACUUAUAUUGAGGAUUAAAAUAAUUUUUACAUCAUUUUGUUCCCAAUUAAACCACUGGGUACAGAGUAACAAACUUUAUUUGUACAUGAAGAGCAUGAAAUGAAUCCAAACCCUUUGCACAAAUGUUAUCAAGUUACAAACUUUAAUGUAGUUUGUUGGGAUUUUAUGCAAUAGAUCAACACAACGUAAUGCGUAACUGUAAAGAUACAUGGUUUAACAUUUUUACAAAUAAAAAACUGAAAAGUGUA